AUGGAUAACGGGAGUGAGCUAAGCCACCACGGCGAGGCCGCCGACGGAGGCGUUCUCGACGACUCCGGCGGCGCCUCCGAGGCGGCGGCGGCGGCCCUGGCCUGCAACUGCUGCCGGCGCCGCAAGCUGCGAUGUUCCCGAGAAGUGCCUACGUGCCAACACUGUCGCAAGACAGGGAGCGAGUGUGUUUACCAGAAGCAAAAGUCCAAGCCAGGGAUGAAGGCUGGGGCGAUUGAGAACUUACAUCGGCGACUGGAUGCUUUGGAAAGGGCUGUCCACCAGCAGGGACGCACGAACAAUACGACGCGGGAGAGGAGCGGACAUCCCGAGGCGGAGCAUUCGCCCGGCCAGGAAGACUCUCCUGACACCAAUGGCGGGCUCGAGAAGAACGCGUACAACAUCAUGGCCUUCUUCGCCAAAGAGUUGCAAAAGUUCAACUCCAGCAACAACACGUUGGCCGACGAUGAACGACGGCAGCAGCGAGAAGCCCCCGAGCAACAACCCACCCGGGCCAAGAGACGUCGAAUCAACGACGGCGAGCCCAGUGUUGUUGCCGGCAGCAUACCCGCAUUGCCGGAUGCAGAGACCAUUCAGGUGGUCCUGCGAGCUUACUUUUCCCAUGUCCAUCAGUGGAUCCCCAUGAUCCACGAAGCGAGGUUCCGUCGGCGGCUCGAACACUCGAGUGAGGCCGACGCCCUUGAUGUCGUACUCCACGCCAUGAUCCUGUCUGCUUCGAGGUAUAUAGACGAUGAAGACGUUGCUUCCAGCCUUUUCGGCUCUGUGCAGCAACGGGAUGCCGUCAGAGACUGGGUCGUCUCGAACGCUAUGCGUAACCUGAGCGUAGAGAGCCACCAAGCCCUUAUUAUUGUCGCCUUCAACGAUAUCGGCAGCGGUGAAGCAGCCAAAGCCUGGUCACUAGCCGGCUCCCUCACCCGGACCGUCGAGUAUCUCCAGCUGACGGUCGAGCUCGACGACGCCGAGAGGCCGUCCCUGUCGCAGCCCUUCGUCUCGCUCGCCCCGCCGGGGAGCUGGACCGAGGCCGAGGAGCGGCGGCGCGUCUUCUGGAACGUCUUCAAGCUCGACCGCUUCAUCUCCGUCACCAUGGGCUGGAACACGAGCCUCACCUCGGACGACGUGCGCCGCCGGCUCCCGUGCGACGGCAUCCUCUGGCGCAAGGAGGACAAGGUCGCCACGCCCUACUUCGGCAUCUGGGACAAGGCCGCCGGGCGGAUCGGGAACCCCAUCGCUUUCAUCCCGUCCCACUACGCGCCGCCGGUUUCAUCUCAAACCGUGGCGACGACGGCAGCGGCGGCGUCGUUGACGGCGGCGGCGGCCGAAGAGGAAAACCGGACCCCCUCCGAGGCGGCGACGUCCCCCGGGGCCGCGUCUGCCAGCGUCGACAUGUCGACCGUCGGCGCGUUUGCCUAUUCACUCGAGGCCACCGAGAGCCUCAGCCGAGUCACCAGCUACUUCCUGCAGCAGAAGAUCAACAUGCGAGACCAACGCGAUAUCAGCAGCUGGCUGACGCGUUUCAAGGAGCUCGACCUGCGUCUGGUGCAUUGGAAGAUGCUCCUCCCCCUCAAGUGGCAGGCCAACACGGCCCGCCAGUCGACGCGGAUGGACCCCAACCUCACGCUGGCGCACCUCACCCACAACGCCUCCAUGAUCCUGCUCCACCAGCUCAUCGCCUUCCCGCCGGCCGAGUGGCCCUUCCGCGCCCGCCUGCCGAGCGUCCUGAGCGCCGACACGUGCCAGGCGGCCGCCGUGGAGAUCGCCAUCAUCACGGAGAACUACCUGAAGCACGCGCCCCGCGCGGCGCCCGUGUCGAGCCAGUUCGCCUUCUGCGUCUACGUCGCCGCGCGCGUCCUGCUACUCCGGUGGCGGCACGAGCACGAACACGAACACGGCCCCGGCGGCGGCCCCGCGCCCGAGUUUUGGUCUCUCGUGCGGAUCCUCGACCAGAUGGCGAGCCAGUGGGCCGGGCCGCAUAGCCUGGAGCCCUCGCGGAACAACCUGGCCGGCAAGUACUCUAUCAAGCUGGCCGAGAUGCACGCUCGCUGCUGGGAGGAUCCGUCGUUCACCAUCAACGUGCUGGGAUACACGACAGAGAUCGACCAUACGGCCACCUUCAGAAGCUCCCAGGUAUACCCACCGGCAAGGGAAAAGUGUAUCCAACACCAAGCCAACGCCCCGCGAAGUAAUACAGGGCUUGGCAGAAAUGGCCAGCCUGUCACGGGUUUUGGGCACGUAUCUGCCCCUCGGGAGGAUGCCAGACCGACCCACAUGGAUACCAUCGUCGUGGGCCAGCAAAUAACUGCCAACGCCCCGGUCAUGAACCCGAACCCGAACCCAAACCCGUCGUCGUCGUCAGUCCUCGUCCCAUCCGGGAUGGAGAUGAACGGCGUCGAAACGAUGCACCAGCCGGGCAUGUACCACAGAGGCAGCGUCGGCAGCGGGGAGCUGAGCAACAUCUCCCAGAUCCUGCUCGACCAGCAGUUCAUGGACAUGGACAGGAUCAUCAGCUUCGACGACGGCAUCUUCGGCACGGAAUACGAAGGGGGAGGGUGGUAG